AUGGAAGCUGAGAAAAAGGAACAAAAACAGGAGAAAUCCGUGAAAACUUUGAUGAAGAAAAUUCCUUUCAAGGGUCCAAGUUAUGAUGAAUAUAUGAAAGUUUUUGGCAAAGCCCUUCCAGGUAGUGUAUCACCUACUAUGGUAUUAUCAUUUAUUUCUGCCGUUAUUUUAUUUUUUGUUCUUUAUAAAUCUAUGAAUCUCAUAAAGGAUAAAAAAUUAUUCAAAGCGCUUUUAGUAUUUUCAGCAUUUUAUGUAACGUUCUUUAAAUGA